AUGACAAAAACUGGUAAAUUUUCAAAAACAAUACCGGCGGUUUACCGCGGUUUUACCGAUCAAGUUACCGGCUCCCAUACAAAGGCUAAUGCGGUAAACCGCGGUUUACCGCUAAAAUUGAUCCGGUAUUCACAACAUGGGUUAGUGUUACAAUUAAAUCAACAACAAAUUGACUCUGAUCGACAACUUCGGGAAACGUUAUCAAAUUUAUCAGAGUCAAAUAGAAUGUUAAUAAUUGAACUUGAUCGAAUUAAAAAAGAAAUUUUUGAUUUAACUGAAGACAAUAAUCGUGCUACACAAGGAAAUACGUCUUUAAAUAAACAAAUUGAUGAUCUUAAAGAUGAAAAUAUAUGUUUAAAUAAACAAAUUAAUGAUCUUAAAGAAGAAAAUAUGUUUAAAAGAACAUAUUAA